AUUUAUUUUUAGGCACUAAUCGCAAUGACAAAGGACUAAUCACUUAUCAGACUUUGCACGGCCACCAUGUCAAAAGCCCACACUCCUGGUCCUGCUAUAAGAACUCCCAGUUCAACUCAGAAAACCCCUAAAAGAAGAAAAUGUACAGAUCCAGUUGAAGUCUCAUGUAGGAUAAGACCUGUGGCUGGUACCUCCUGCGUAGAUCAGAUUAAUGAUAAUACUCUAAAGAUAACAGCUCCUCCUGGUUCUCAGACAUUUAAGAACAACCCAGUUUCGCUGUUUUACACAUUCAACAGUAUCUUUAAUCAAGAGGAAGCACAAAAAGCAUGUUUUGACAAAUUAGCUUUGCCUCUUGUUGACGAUUUGAUAAUGGGAAAGAAUGGAUUGUUGUUUGCGUAUGGUGUAACUUGUUCCGGAAAAACACAUACAAUGAUAGGGCAAGCCAAUAAUCCUGGUAUCCUACCACGGUGUUUAGAUGUAGUUUUCAAUUCAAUCGGAGAGAACCAAGCUAGACCAUUUAUAUUUUUACCUGAUGACAACAACGGUAUGAAAAUACAGCCCGAGUAUCAAGCAGCUCUUAUGAAGAAUCAGAAGGAACGCCAAAAACGUCAAGAAGACAGAUUACGAAAAAAAGAGGGCCGGCCAGAAACACCUGACUUGUCUAAAUUAGAUGAGAUUAGAAUACCAGAUAGUACGAAGCUUGAUUGUGUCAAUGAAGACAGUGCGUAUGCUGUGUUUAUCAGUUACAUUGAAGUGUACAAUAACUACAUAUUUGAUCUACUGGAGGAUGACCAAGUUAACGAGUAUGGACAUCCUGUCUUACCAGAGAGUAAGAAAGUCGGUGAAGACACAAAAAACAAAGUGAUGUAUGCUAAAGAUGUAGUAGAAAUUGAGGUGAAGAGUACGGAGGAAGCAUGUGCACAGCUGUGGAGGGGUCAAGAAAGAAGACGGAAGGCAGCAACUAUCCUAAAUGACAAAUCCUCGCGUUCUCACAGCGUCUUUAAUAUCAGACUCGUACAGGCACCAUACGAUGAGGAAGGGAAGCAGAUCCUGUUAAACAAGGAGAUGAUAACAAUCAGUCAGCUGUCCCUGGUUGAUCUGGCUGGCUCUGAACGUGCCUCCAAAACUAACGCUAAAGGAAGUCAGCUGAAGGAAGCAGGUGGUAUCAACAGUUCACUCAUGACCUUGCACGCUUGUCUGGAGACCUUGAGAGCUAACCAACUUGCUGGUCGCAACAUCAAGAUGGUGCCGUAUCGGGAGAGCAAGAUAACGCUGCUCUUCAAAAACUUCUUUGAAGGAUCUGGCAAAGUGAAGAUGGUCGUCUGUGUCAACCCUCGUUCCGAAGACUUUGACGAAACCUUGCAUGUGAUGAAGUUUGCUGAGUUAACCCAGGACGUGCAAGUGCAGCGCGGACAAGAAGUGCAGUUUGAUGAUAAUGUGCUACAGCCCGGCCGCAGAAAACAGAAUCUGCUAUAUAAACGUGUUUCCGGCCAGGCUGAGCCUCUGUCUGACAUCACUAACAAUAAUACCAGGAAUACUUUCGGGUUUAACCUCCCUGCUGUUCCACCCGCUUUCAGCAUGCCUCCCUUCCCUACUUGGACUACCGGAGACGGUUCGUCAGAAGACAAGAUCCAAGCUGUGCUGGCUGCACUUCACGAGAGACAGCAAAUCAAGAAAGAUGCUCUCUCUGACUUUGAAAAACGAAAACAACGCAUGAGGGCGGCUUUGAUACAGAUGGAGAAGGAAAACGACGAGCUACUUUACAAGACUACCCAGGGAUCUGACGAGAUGAACGUUUUGAGAGAAGAAAAUGAGCACAUGAGAGUCCAUCAUUCUAAACUGGAGAAAGAUUUUCUAAAACUUAAACGAGAGAACGACAAAUUGAAGAAGCAAAAUGCUCUUUAUCUGUGCGAGAGAAAACAAGUUUUGGAAGAGAAGAAAUUAACUGAGGAGAAAAUCAAGAAGGAGAUUGAGAGGAGGGAGAAUAUCAAGAAAACGUUUAAAGUGGUCGUCGGAAGGGAAAAGGAAAAAUGGGAAAAGAAUGCGGAGCAAAUGAUACGGAGAGUAGAUCUACGUGCAGCUCAACAAGAGUCCAAACUGCGCCAAGUCCUGGAGAUAGUUGGCGGAAACCCAGAUUUGAUGCAGGAUUUACCGGCGAUAGACCCCCCAGAGCUGAGCGACAUCAACUUCCCCUCUUCCUCCGGCACCUCCUCCUCCUCUUCUGGCCCCAGUUCAGCGAGCAGCGCUACUGAUCUCCCUAAUCGUACCGACCAGUAUGGGUACUCCCAGCCAUUUGCAAAUACUAAGAAAUAUCUAGAUAGGCGAGGGAGAGUAAUGCCAGACGGAGGAACCACCCCACAAAGUAGAGGAGAGUUCAGUACAGGUCUGCCCAGUAAUUACGCUCCUUCUUCUAAAGCUCCCUCAGAAGUGCCAUCUAGCAGGGCUUCCUCCUCUAAAACUGUAUCUACAAAAAGUAAUCCAACUAAACCUGUGAGAGGUCCUGCGGGUGGAAUCAGAGUCCUUCCCCCUGGUCCUGUCCCAGCACUUUCUCCCAUAAAAAUCCCCAGAACUCCCGCCUCGCAAGCCUCUAAGAAGAGUACCACUCCACACGGUCCAGGCACUGCACCCAGAUCAACGGUUCCUACUCCAGCACCCUCGAUAAAACCUCACGUUUACAGCCCCGUUUUGACCAAAGGUUCGCGGACUGGAGCAAAACCUAAAGCAAAAUCUCCUCACCAAACAAUACCUUUACCUGGCAAAGAAUGCCACAUAUCAGUCGAUGAUAAGCCUGAUAUUCCCUUAAAAGCAAAGAUUCCUAAGAACAUUGACGGCUCAAAGUGGUUAAAUCAUCGACCAAUCGAAAAUUUUGAUGAAGCAAGCGUUCUAAAACCCAAUCUUGAAAAGAAGAGAACAGUCGCUAUACCAGACGUAGAUGAUUUCGAUGAUCAGACGAAUCGGUAUCUGCUGCAGCACCAAGAACAAGACUCCAUUGGUGAAAUCAGGACUCACUUUAUAAAGGGUGAUAUAAAAGUGUCAAGAGGUGGUGGACGCUGCGUGGAGUUUACUGAUAUAGAGACUUCUUCUGUUAAACCAUCUGCCAAAGAAGCCUAUGGAAAAGGAUGCAAUGUUUACCCGCCCCCUAUUGCUGAUUCUGGUGAUUGGACCGACACUGAAACUAGGUGUGCCGUUGGAGUUGGCAUCCCCACUGCCAAAACAAAGCCUCCUACGCAUGCCCGGUGAACAGAAAAGAGAUAACACCUGCAGUAAUUGUAACGUGCAGAACAAACGCUUCCUGAAAAUCGUGAAACCUACUCCCGCUCUUUUCCCAGAGAUUUUAGAUGAGAUAAGAAAUUUCCUAUUGGACUAUUUGAUGACAUGACCAAUUAGUCUUGUGUUGGGGUUUAAGACUGUUAAAUAUUUUGUAUUGUAAUUGUGUUUUGCCAAUUUUUGUUUUUAGUUGCGAUAUUUUUAACGACAUGCUAUGCAGAUAAAUUCAGGGGAUAACCCAUUAUAUUGCAGCAUUAACUGUAUUAUUGUUUUUAUUCAAUAGCUACGACUAUUUGCAUUGGCAUGAAUUAUCAGAUUAACUUAUAUUCGGAGUUUGGACUAAAGUCAAAAUCACUCGUGCUACAAUCGUGACUGAAAUUAGAAUUUAAUUGGUAUGAAUCUCUUUUAUAUCAAAAGGUUUUGAAAAUCAGGUAAACUCUUGCUAACAAUUGUAUUUUAAAUUUUCGUCCUUUGGGCCAUUACUUAUUACUUAUGUUUACUGGGACGUCAUUUUUGGGAGGACAGUUUCGGUAAAUUCCUAUGAACUAUUUGUGUAUAUAAUGUUAGUGUUUUAGAUCAUAGAUAUCUAUUUUAGAUAUUUGCUUUAUCUCUAUCAUCUACUUGCUACUAUGGUGCCAGAAUCUGAAUGAGUUAAACUUAAAGCUUCUUGUGCGAUGAGGUCAGAGGUAGAAUUUGAUAAAAAUUUGACAAGUGCUUUCGUUAUACUUUUAAAGUAAUUGCAGUGUUGGUAUCAAAACUGAUUUUAAUAACAUUAACAGGAAGAUCACGGGCAACCCUGAAAUGUUUUUGCCAUAACACACAAGUUUGAAUAUAAUAUUAAUUGUCAUCUCCGAAGUUAAAUAUUGUUGUUUGUUGUUGAGUCCUCACGACCUAAUUAGUUGUCUAAUUUGUUGGAACUGAAAAUGUAUUUGUUGAAUCAG